CCCACAACCACUGUAGGUGCAAACAUUUAUUACAGUGCUUGAUGAGACAUACAUUUUAGAUGAUCAAUCCCCAUAUCCCCACCUUAAAAAGUAGUAGUAAAAAAUGAGGGCAAAGAAAUUUAAAAAAAAGGAAAAAAACCUUAAAGACAAUCACACCCACUUGAUUGUGACCUCUCUCUCCCCCUCUCUCUGGCUCAGCCUUCUCCUCUUAAUUCAAUUCCUCCUCUCUAUUGCCACUUCAUUAUCUGAGCCUCCACACAAUCUCUUUCCCAUACAGCACCCGGCACCUCUCAGAGAUCAAAACCCAGUCCUGAUACACACAAACUACCUCCUCGAGCUGAUAAUUCGGAGGGAUCCAAUACCAAGCUCUCUGCUGCUGUGAAGGCCUCGGUGGCAUUGCGCUUGUGUCUCGCUCGAAAUGGGAAGACAUUCCUGCUGCUACAAGCAGAAGCUAAGGAAAGGCCUCUGGUCCCCAGAGGAGGAUGAGAAGCUCCUCAAGCACAUCACCAAGUAUGGCCAUGGCUGCUGGAGCUCUGUGCCCAAGCUAGCAGGUCUUCAAAGGUGUGGAAAGAGCUGCAGAUUGAGGUGGAUAAACUAUCUGAGGCCUGAUCUCAAGAGAGGCUCAUUCUCACAGCAGGAGGAGGACCUCAUCAUCGAACUCCAUGCAGUCCUUGGCAACAGAUGGUCUCAAAUUGCAGCGCAGCUGCCGGGGAGAACGGACAACGAGAUCAAGAACCUGUGGAACUCCUGCAUCAAGAAGAAGCUGAGGCAGAGAGGCAUCGAUCCCAACACCCACAAGCCGCUUUCCGAGACCGAAGGCGGAGAAGAUAAGGUCCCGGCGAACGAGGACAAGACUGCCGGAUCCAGCGAGCUGAAGCUCCUUGCCCCUCCCUCCGGGAACUUGAACUCGGUAGUUCCUGAGCUUGCUCCUCCAUUGAUGUCGAUGGUGGACGGGUCGAACUCGGAGAAUUUGGUAGCAUCCACAAAAGAUUUCUUUCUAUACCGGUUCGCCGCAGGCCAUGAGAGCUCCUCCGGCUGCCAACCCACCAAUUCGAUGGACUACUUGCCCCCCCGGAAUUCAGUUUACAGUCCCAGCUCAUCGAUGGACCAAAAUCCGCCUCUCUGGUUCAACCAGAACGCCAGGCUGCUCGACAUGAAUCCCGAGUUGACUUGCAACAUGAUGAUGUCUGCUGCUCUUCCGUCGGUCUCGAGGUCAACUGUCUCGACCUCCAUGGGUCUAAAGCCCACAGCUCGCAUGGCAGCAGACAACUCUCUCCCCGGAUUCCACUGCUUGGAGGCCGGCAACUCCAGCAACAACAGCGCAAGCAGCGGGAACAGUGGUGGCGGAAUCGAGCCGCAGAGCAACAAUUCUAUCUAUGAAAGCAGCAUCUUCCAAUGGCCGGAGUUGGUGCCGAACAGACAAGCUGAAAUCCAACUCGGAGGUGAACCAGAGGACCUCAAAUGGUCUGAGUACCUUAACGGCACCAUCCCUUUGUCCGCGGAUAUCCAAAACCAAACUCAACUUCUCAAUGGAGCUGUCAAGGAAGAGAACCAAUUUCCGAUUGAUGGGUUGAGUUCAUGGCUGCAACCUCCUGAAUUAUUCGGUAAGGACUUCCAGAGAAUUUCCACGGUUUUCAAACAAAUUUAAAUUACGAGUACACGUAACAGUCCUUGUGGAGCCUCCGAUUCACAUACAGAAGGAGUCCUUUUCACAGAGUUUCAACUUAGAAAGGCUGCUUCUAAUAGUAACUUUACAAUGCGCGCACCAUAAAAUUUUUCUCAUGUAAAUAGGCCUCAUGAUACGAAAACCUUUAGUCUUUGUUGAUCUUUGGAUAGUCGUGGGAAGAAGUGCAGAAUAAAGCCUGUUUCAGUGUAUGUUUGUUUUUGUUUUUCAUCUAAUUUCAUUAUUUUGGAACUCACAUAUUGCUAUUAUCUCAUGUAAACAAUCGUAUCUCUGCUUUGGUUUACUCCACUCUUA